GGCCCUGGGGCCGCCGCGGCUCCUCUGCCCGGUCGCGCGGGAGGACAGGCUUCGAGUGGCGGCUUUGGUGGCCUGCGGAGGGACGCGCGGGCCACAACGCAGGCCCCGUGCCUGCCGCCUUCCCCCUCCUGCUAGCGCCGGGCCCGCGCCAUGGCCGCCUCGCCGGGCUCGGGCAGCGCCAACCCGCGGAAGUUCAGUGAGAAGAUCGCGCUGCACACGCAGCGGCAGGCCGAAGAGACGCGGGCCUUCGAGCAGCUCAUGACCGACCUCACCCUGUCGCGGGUUCAGUUUCAGAAGCUUCAGCAACUGCGCCUCACACAGUACCACGGAGGGUCCUUACCAAAUGUGAGCCAGCUACGUAGCAGUGCGUCGGAAUUUCAGGCCAACUCUUCUUUCCUGUCUCUGCAGCCGUCAUUUCAUCAAGCUGAUAACGUGAGGGGAACCCGCCAUCAUGGGCUGGUGGAGAGGCCGUCCAGGAACCGCUUCCACCCUCUUCAUCGGCGGUCUGGGGACAAGCCAGGACGACAAUUUGAUGGUAGUGCUUUUGGAACCAAUUACUCCUCACAGCCUCUGGAUGAGAGCUGGCCAAGGCAGCAGCCUCCUUGGAAAGACGAAAAGCACCCUGGGUUCAGACUAACAUCUGCACUUAGCAGGACCAAUUCUGAUUCUGCUCUUCACAAGAGUGCUCUGAGCACCAAGCCCCAGGACCCCUAUGGCGGAGGGGGCCAGUCGGUCUGGCCUACCCCAUAUAUGGGUUUCUGUGAUGGUGAAAAUGAUGGACAUGGGGAAGUUGCGUCUUUCCCUGGCCCAUUGAAAGAAGAGAAUCUGUUAAAUGUUCCCAAGUUACUGCCAAAACAGCUGUGGGAGACCAAGGAGAUUCAGUCCCUGUCGGGGCGUCCUCGAUCCUGUGAUGUUGGAGGUGGCAAUGCCUUUCCACAUAACGGUCAAAACAUGGGCCUCUCGCCCUUUCUGGGGACCCUGAACACUGGAGGGUCCUUGCCAGAUCUAACCAACCUCCAUUGCAUGGCACCCCUACCCACCUCCCUGAACACUGGUGACCACCUCUUUGGCAGUAUGAGCGUGGGGAACAGUGUGGGCAACCUCCCAGCUGCUAUGACUCACCUGGGCAUAAGGAGCUCCUCCGGUCUCCAGAGUUCUCGAAGUAAUCCCUCUAUCCAGGCCACGCUCAAUAAGACAGCACUUUCCUCUUCCCUAAAUAGCCACCCCCAGAAGUCUGUUCCCAAUGCCUCUGCCCUUCAUCCUUCACUCCGUCUGUUUUCCCUUAGCAACCCCUCUCUUUCCACCACAAACCUGAGCUGCCCCCCUCGGCGUAGGCAGCCUCCUGUCAGCCCUCUCACGCUUUCUCCUGGCCCUGAAGCACAUCAAGGUUUCAGCAGACAGCUCUCUUCAACCAGCCCGCUGAAUCCAUAUCCUGUCUCCCAGAUGAUGCCCUCAGAUCGCAGCACGCUUUCCUUCCUGCCCACAGAAGCUCAAGCCCAAGUGUCUCCACCACCCCCUUACCCCACGCCCCAGGAGCACCCCCAGCCUCUGCUACAGCAGCCCCCUGCCCAGGAGCCCCCUGCUCAGCCGCCCCAGGCAGCCUCUUCACUGCCUCAGCCAGACUUCCAGCUCAUCACAUCCCAGGGCUCGUCUUUGACCAGCUUCUUUCCAGAUGUGGGCUUUGACCAGCAGUCCAUGAGGCCAGGCCCGGCUUUUACUCAGCAGGUGCCUCUGGUGCAACAAGGUCACCGAGAACCACAGGACUCAUUUCAUUUGAGACCAAACCUGUAUUCCAACUGUGGGAAUUUCCCAAAUGCCAUCCUAACAGAAGACUCGAACACCAGCCUGUUCAGAGACCUCAGCAGUGCACUGGCAGGCAUGCCCGAGGUUGGCCUGAAUGUGGACAAUCCAUUUCCACUGGAAGAUGAGCUCCAAAUUGAACCCCUGAGCCUGGAUGGACUUAACAUGUUAAGUGACUCCAGCAUGGGCCUGCUUGACCCCUCUGUGGAAGAGACGUUUCGAGCUGACCGACUGUGAGCAGAACAGAGCAGAACAGAAGAAUUUUAUUUCUGAACCAGCCAAAAUAGAAUGGUAUAGAAUGGAGCCUGCUGUAUUCCUGGGAUUUAGUUAUCUCAGGCUUCUGACAUGGAACAAACCAAUCUCACGGCUCCAAGCUUUCAGAUGAGGUCCCAGCUCGUCCCCAUGGCUUCUAGACCACAGAGCUGCACACUGCUUCUUAGGCCCAUGGCACAGGUUGUGUUGCUGCAGUCAGGCUGCUUUGGAGCUUCAGAUGAACUUGACAGCUCUGCUCCAUGACCAUUAUGUCUUUUUACUGGCCAUCUAGUCAGCUGAUAUGCAAAAGUAGGAAAUAUCAUGGAAUGGAGGCCUUAGUAGCGUAGUGUAGUGCUAAGAACCACUGAUCUCGAUCAACACUGAAAAAAAAGGACAUGGAGUGGGAGGCAGUGAGGGGCCAUGGACCCGAGGGCUGGCUCAGCCUCGAGCAACGGUACACAGCACCACGACGCCUUCUCUGAGAUAACCAUGACUGACUGGGUGCUCACCAGCUGGGCAGAGCAGGGACAUUCCAGGGCAUAGCCAAGAACCAUGGCUCUCUCUGAUGCCUUAAUUCCAAUAUGAAGAAGAGCUUUUGCCACAAGUCCAAGAAUAGGCUUCAGUUUGGCAAACUGAAUGCUAACUUAUCUUCUCCAAGUUUGUAAUCUCUUUUCUGCUGCUUCAGUAUACCUUUUCCUUAUGGACAGAAGGAAAAGGAAGACCAUCCUAUUCAGUCACUGAAAAUGUCUCCUGGUAACCAAUGAGCCUGAAGAGAACAGGGCUUCUUCCUUGUGGCUGGGGAGAAAAGAGAGAGGGCCAAUAGGUAUCUCGCAAACACACGACAUUCUCCGGACAAGCUCCCUACACAUACAAGCCUCCUUACCUACAGACCAGCUAGAGGAAAAGGCUGGAGGUCUGAGUCAGAUCCACCCAGCAAUUGAGUUUCCCUCUCACUCCCCAGAGCUGUUUCUUGUGGAUUGGGAGUGGUAAUAUAACCCCUCUAGACCGUAAGCUCCUUGAGGGCAGGGACUGUGCCUUAUUCAUCAUUGAAUCCAUAGUACCCAACAAGUGCCUGGCACAGAGAAGGUGCUGCAUGAAUACAUGUUGAAUGAAUGAAUGAAUAAAUGAAUGAAUGAAUCUGCCUUGCUGCAAGGCAGUCUAAUCUUUGGAUAGCCCCACUCCCUGGCAAACCUUCUCAGAGCUCUAGCUUUUCUAACACUUGACCCUGUGAUUAAGCAUGCACUUUAAUAUGCUUUUGACACUAGGUGAUCAAAUGCAGAGUUAGACUGGGCACCCAGUUCUCCUCAAGGUUGUGCUCCAUGGUAGGUAGGUGGAAACUGUCUUCUGAGUGCAUCCAGAAUGGCUAAGUCAACUGAAGCUGCCCCCAGUGCUGAGAUCUGAAGGACCCUGGCCAGGCCUCCACCUCAAAAGAUCUUCCCUCAGAACCGUAUUUUGCUCUAAAUUGUUCAGAAAUUCAUUUUUUUUUCCUGAGGUUGAAGAAAUAGUCUAUAGUAAAAUGAAAGCUUAAUUUCUGAAAUUAUCAUUUAGUCAUUGGUACCUUAUAAAAUAGUUUUAUCAGAUUUCCACCAUUGGCUGUCUCCUCUGGCCACAGCCUAAGCUAAUUUAGAGCAGACUGGCCAGGAACAGGAAACAUGACAGGUGGGUUUGAAGGGCAGGGGGCAGGGGCAAGCCCCUGAGCACCUCAGUGGAGGGACCUGGGCACUGAGGGGAGGCUGAGGGCGUGACCAGGGGGAGGAGAGGAACACUGGAGGGGAAGGAAAAAUGCUGGAAUGUUCACCUACCUGGGAAGCCACUGCCCAGCCUAGGGACGGGAGUGUUGCUGAAGGUCACGGCCCUGCUCCCACCUGAGAAAGCCAGGCUGCUCUGGGGGGUGAGGGUGGGGGGAGUCUGACGCAUCUGCCCUUCAUGGCAAGAAGAGUCUUUGUCCCAGGAUCCUGAGCUGGGGACCCUCUCCAUUCCUCGUUCUGUUUUCUGUCUUCAGAGGAGUUGCCAGCAUCUCUGAUCUUUAAAAUAACCAUGGUGAUACUGGGCCACUCCCUCCUCAGGAACCUGUGUAUUCCCCUUCACAUUAGCCCCAGAUCCUUACAGUUGAAUUAGGAAAACAAACCAGACUCCUCCUUGCCUGAGCUCCAGCUCGGGAAGGGACUGUUGGCCUCGCCCCUUUCUGAUCCUUAUUCAUAGUUCAAUUUUCAGAUCACUGUAUACUCCAGAUCUCAGGGUGGGGUUACUUUUUGUUGAAGUAAAAGGGCCUUUCGUUGUAACUCAGUACCCAGUGUGCCGAAAGAAUCUGGCUCCUUGCUACAUUUCCUGUGUUAACGGUCCCGAAAUCUGAUCUGGCCUUUCAGGCAGGGAGUGGUGCUGAUCUAAGAGUUUUUGUUUUUUUUUUUGGAAAAAAAAAAAA